GAAAAUGUAUCUAGUCCACAAGAAUAUGUAUCUUUUUUCUCACAACAGUCAACACAAUCUUAAAUAGAGAAAAAAGAGAGCUUAGAGAUUGACCUAGGUUAAGGGGGCAGCUUACGCCGACAACAACUGUAGAAAUUAUCAUUUAUUUUUUGAUACGUUUAUCCACAAUUUAGAGAGAAGUAUCGAUUAUAAAGAGAAAGAAGGUGAGGAAAGGAAAGUGAACAUAUCAUAAAGAACCGAUGAUGAGAAACGUAGGGAGUUCGAGCUCCAGCGGCAAAGGCAUAGCGGCGGUGGUCGGCGUCGGUCCACAGCUUGGCCGUUCCGUCGCUCGAAAGUUCGCACACGAAGGCUACACCGUCGCCAUUCUCGCCCGCGAUCUAGGUAGGUUAUCUAGAGUGGCAGAAGAGAUAGCGAGAGAAGAGAAAGCGCAAGUUUUUGCUAUAAGAAUUGAUUGUGCGGAUCCAAGAAGCGUAAGAGAAGCCUUUGAAGGUGUGCUGUCUUUAGGGUUUGUGGAGGUUUUGGUGUACAAUGCUUAUCAUUCUUCUUCUUCUUACCCAAGCCACCAUCCAACUUCAUUCACCCACAUUCCGUUCCAAUCUUUCCAAACCUCAAUUUCCGUUUCUGUCUUCGCUGCAUUUCUGUGCGCCCAACAGGUUAUUCCGGGGAUGAUGGAUAAAGGGAAAGGAACAAUACUCUUCAGCGGUUGCUCGGCGUCAUUGAAUGGCGUUGCGGGUUUCUCGGAGCUAUGCUGUGGAAAAUUUGCGUUGAGGGCUCUUUCUCAAUGCUUGGCAAGAGAAUAUCAAGCUUUUGGAAUACACGUGGCUCAUGUUAUCAUCGACGGUGUAGUUGGACCUCCAAGCAUACAUUUCUUGAAUCUCGAAAUUUAUGGUGAGCGACGGAAAAGGGAAGAACUUUUAUUAGUCCCCCACACUGCAAAGAGAAAGAAACAUCGCACCGAGAGGAACGGUCGCAGAGCAAUCAUUCAAUACUGGAGGUCAAGAUGGAGAAGGAGAAGGUGAAAGCUCGGGAGUGAUGGGAAUGGAUCCUGAUGUAUUGGCUCAAAUAUAUUGGAGUCUUCAUGUACAAGACCAGAGAGCUUGGACUCAAGAACUCGAUAUCCGACCAUCAAACACAAGGUUCUAGUGGUUAAAAAUAUGAUUUGAUUCUUGGGGGUUUUGAUUUUAUUCAAUGUUAUUUUAGUCGUUUGGUACGUAUACGUAUGUGUGAUCAUUUGAUAUGUAUGUGUAUAUCUUGCAUUUGGAAUGUAUAACGUUAAGCGUUUAUGAUUUGUGUGAAUGAUCUGUCAAUCUCAUUUUCAUAACUUUUGGUUUCUA